AUGAACCCUCUGUUCCUCCGACAAAGACUCACCUCCACAUUCCAACGACAAGCCAGCAGGUCUUACAGCAAGACGACAGCCGCAAGAAUGGCUGACCGUGUGCACCGCGUGACCAUGUUCAAGAUGCCCAAGGAGGAGGAUCGUAAGCGGAUGCUGGAGGCGUACAACGCGCUGGCCAAGAACAACCAGAAGGAUGGCAAGCCGUACAUCCUGUCCAUGGUCGUCGGCCCCGCCGAGGAGGACCAGCGCAGCCAGGGAUACACCCUCGUGUCAAAGACCGAGUUCGCCAGCCUGGAGGACCUGAGGUACUACGACGACGCCUGCACCGCCCACGACGGCGUCAAGGCCGUGGUCAGGGAUGUCCAGUGCGACGGGAUCCUCACCGUGUACUUUAAGCCCCAGGAAAUUGGCGGCAUUGCCCCUUGA